AUGAAAACCGUCGUGGCCGUCAAGUUGGGCUUGUGCGCUUCCGCUUUCGGUGCGGCUACUGUGGCCGCCGCCUGCUUUGUAGCCGUCUGGUCGUACUGGUUUUUUGAAUUUGAUGCUGACUGCUCGGUACACGACUGCAAGUGCAUACUUUAUGGUACCAGUUUCGCCGGUGGCACAUUUGUAGGCGGCGAGCAGUACCGGUGCCGGUAUGUCUGGUGGUCGUUGGUCGCUUCCACUAUAUGCGCGGCUAUCGCUUGCGCCUGUUACGGUUUAGCGCUUCUGUGCUCGACCGGAACUCGGCCAUAUGUCACAGCCCGUACUUCAGAAGAUACCAAGAGUUCUCAGGUAUCGUCCGCGAAGAUUUGCUUUAUUAUUUUUUGUGGUUUGAUGGCACUCAAUAUGACUAUUGCGUCCAUUGUACUGACAAACGGCUACGUUGCGACAUGUCAACAAUACGUCUACCGAGUAAAAAGCUUUCUAAUGCCGACUGGAAACAUGGUGGAAUUGGUAUCAAGUAGAAUGUCAUGUGAAACUAUUUACGAUUUCUUGGACUAUGUGCAGCCACCUUCUCACGAAGCGACAAUUGAGCUUAUAAAUCAACACAGACCGAAUCCCCGAAACUAUAUCAUCAACACGUGGGUUUUAUUGAUGACGUCCAUCGUGCAACAAUACAAAUUUGAAUUUCCUGUUAUUAUUUUGAACAUUUUCAAUUUCCAUAUGAAAAUUAUUGCUUCCACCACUUUUUAUUCAAAAAUUAAAAAACCGGGUGUUACAUUGAUUCUAAUGGAAGUUGUCUUCGCUAUCAUAUUAUAUCUCCGAAUUAAUAAAUUACAAAAAAAAAAUGAAUUGUUGAAAUAAGUUUAAAUGAUAAUUGCUUCCACCACUUGAAUAUCGCUUGUCUAAUCUCUAUUUUCAUAACCUCCUUGC